AUGCUAAGUGUAGUGGAAGGCAUCUUCCUUUUUGUUGCAAUUAUUGAGUCAAUACUGGGAGUUUUAGGGAAUGGGAUUAUAGGACUGGUAAACUGCAUUGACUGUGUCAAGAAUAAGUUUUCUAUACUUGGCUUUAUUCUCACUGGCUUAGCUAUUUCUAGAAUUUGUCUGAUAUGGCUGAUAAUAAUAAAUGGAUUUAUGCAGUUAUUCUCUCCAGAUACGUAUUACUCUGGUAAGGUAAUUGAAUAUAUGAGUUACAUAUGGGUAAUUAUCAAUCAAUCAAGUACAUGUUUUGCCACCAGCUUCAACAUCUUCUAUUUCCUGAAGAUAACAAAUUUUUCCCACUAUGCAUUUCUCUGGUUGAAAAGUGGAAUCAAUAGAAUUCUUCUUCUUCUGGUGGGAUCCUUGCUUAUUUCAUGGUUACUUACUUUUCCACAACUUGCCAAGGCUAUUAAUGAUCAUAAAAUGAAGACUAGAAAUACAACCUACUGAUUCAAGAUGGUUAAAAAUGAAUACUUUAUUCAUCAGGUUUUGCUAAAUCUGGGAGUCCUUUUCUUCUUUACACUGUCCUUAAUUGCAUGUUUCUUGUUAGUUUCCCUUUGGAGACACAAUAGACAAAUGCAAUCGAAUGCCACAGGAUUCGGAGACCCCAACACAGAAGCUCGUGUGAGGGCAAUGAAAGUUUUGAUAUCCUUUGUCAUUCUCUUUAUCUUGCAUUUUUUAGGCCUUGCCAUAAUAAUGUUAUAUUUUGCUAUGCCAGAAAACAAACUGCUGGUGAUUUUUGGAAUGAUAAUCACAUUCUGUGGUCACUCAUUCAUCCUAAUUCUAGGAAACAGCAAACUAAAGCAAGCCUCUUUGAGGGUACUGCAGCAAUUAAAGUGUUGUGAGAAAGGGGAAAAUCUCAGAGCCACACAGACAAGCUUGGGGAGAAAUGGAUGUUCUAAGAGAAUAAUCCAGUGAGGAAAUCCUUGA